ACCUCGAAUGAUCACAAGCAUCGAUCAUGUUGAUCACGAGUCAUGAUCUAAAGGGUGUAUGCACAAUCGCUACUGGUAUAUUGUCAUUUUAUUCGAGUAUCGAGUAAGAAUCAUGGGGUUAGAAAAUUGGAGCGGUCGCUCAGCAGUUGUGACGGGGGCAGGAUCUGGCUUUGGUGAGGCAAUCACACGGUUACUGGCAAAAAUUGGAAUGAAAAUUAUUGCUGUAGAUAUUAACUUUGAAGUUGUCCAGAAAGUAGCUGAUUCCCUGAAAAAUAGCGGCAUGUCGGGGGAGAUUCAUACCAUGAAGUGCGAUGUCGCUGACGAGACCGCAGUCAAAAACAUGUACGCCCAGGCUGCGAAUAGGUUUGGUGGUGUUGAUGUCAGUGUUCAGUGUGCUGGUCUCUCAAAGGCAUCUCCCCUCCUUUCUGGUGAUGCUAAUGAUUGGAGGAUAAUGCAAGAGGUUAAUGUUUUAGGAACCCUCUUCUGCUGUCGAGAGGCAGUCAACUUGAUGAAGAAAAAUGGGGUGGAUGAUGGCGUCCUAAUUAAUCUAGUCAGUCUAGCUGCACAUAACUUGACGCCUAUUAGUGACUUGCAUUUCUAUGGAGCGACGAAGGUGAUGUUGAAGGCUAUUCAAGAAGGCUUCAGACAAGAGCUGAGGGAAAUCAAUUCAAAUAUUAGAAUAUCGGGUAUAUCACCAGGCCAAGGGAAUACUGGAUUUUAUCCCAGUAUGUUUGGUGGAGAUGUGUCAAAAUCUACUGUUCCUCUUCUACAGAAGCAACUCGAGGCUGAAGAUAUUGCACAUGUAGUUGAAUACAUUCUAAACACACCGAAGCAUGUACAGAUUCAUGACGUUCUUCUGCGCCCGGUUGCACAGCCAUAAAAGCACUAUUCCAUAAUCCACUGUCAUUUUAUUUUUUUUUGUUUGCUAGUAUAUAUCUUCAUUCAAAUAGUUGAACAAAACAUACGUAUAAAAUAUGUUUACAUGUGUAUUGAUUCAUAGCAAAGGACACUAAACAAGGAUAUAAAGUAUAUACUUUCCGUUAACAUGUUUGACUGGAAACCGCCGUCGUGAGCGGUUAAGCUUGAAAUCAUGGCGGUUUUAGUAUGUAAUGUAUAACCGAAGAGGUAUAUGCAAGACAUGGUUAUGAGUCUACUACUGGGGACCGUUUCAUCAACAUAUUUGUCUGACAAGUUGGCAGAUCUGACAUCUUUCCUUGAUUCUG